UUCCGCUGCUUGCAGUGCGGCAGCUCCGCGCAUCCCUCGUGGCUCUGCGAUGCCCCUCCGCCAGCCGCUCGCUGCGCGCACUGCUCCGCCAAGGAGAAGGGUAAGCGCCCCUUGGCGUGCCCGGACGUCGCCACCGCUUUGAACCGCAUCACAUCUUGCCGUGCGACGGCUGACGUCGCCGGCAUGCAGGCUGCAAUCGACGGUUUGCAGCGCGCCGGCCAUCGCCCGCCGCUGGAGGCGUUUUCGCAGGUGAUUGCGACGCACGCGACGCUGGGGGAGCCAGAAAAGGCGGAAGCGGUGUUGGCGGAGAUGGAAGCGGCGGGGGUGGCGGCGGACCCGGUGUGCUACAACGCCGUGGUGAACGCCUUCUGCUCGCGCGCGCGCGUGGACGAGGCGCUGACCGUGCUGCGGCGCAUGCGCUUCAACGGGUGGGAGCCGACGGCCAGCACGUACAACACGCUCAUCAAAGGCUUCGGCGCCGCCAAGCGCCCGGAAGACGCCGCGAAAGUCGCGGAGAUGAUGGUGGGACGCGCGGGGGCAGCGGCAGGGCGGCGCAAGGGCGGGCGGAGCUGGUCGCGGGAGAAGCUGCGGGGGACGGGGAGGGGCGGGGGGGAGGGGAAGGGCGGCGAGUUGCGGACGUACAACAUGUUGCUGAACGCGUGGUGCGAGCGCGGGGACGUGGAGCAGGCGCGCGCGGUGCUGCGCGAGAUGCGCGCAGCGGGCGUGGCGCCGGACGCGGUGUCGUACAACACGCUGAUGAAGGCGUACGGGCGGCUGGGGCGCCCCAACGACUGCGAGCGCGUGCUGCGCGAAAUGGUGAACGCGCUCGUGCGCCCCAACGCGCGCACGUUCGGCAUGAUGGUGCGCGCGCUGUGCGACGUGGGGCGCAUGGCGGACGCGGAGGUGGUUGCGGAGCGCAUGCGCGAGUGGGACGUGGCGCCGAACGCGACGAUCUUCAACACCAUCGUGAAGGGGUACUGCCAGGCCGGCCAGCCGCUCCCCGCCGCGCAGGUGCUGCAGAAGAUGCGGUUGGCGGGCGUGCCCCCCGACCUGGCGUCGUACUGCACGCUCAUGAACGCCUGGAGCACCGCGGCGCGACCCGACCGCGCGCGCGCCGUACUGCAGGAGGCCAUGGCGGCGGGGCUGGCGCCGGACGUGGAGGCGUUCUCGGUGCUCGCCAAGGGGUACCUGCGCGCGCGCCAGGGGGACGCCGCCGAGCGGCUGCUGGACGAGAUGCGCGAGCAGCAUGGGUUGGCGCCGAACGUGGUGACUUACACGACGGUGAUGGGCGCGUACUGUAGCAUGGGCGCGCGCAUGGACUCCGCCAUGGCUGUGUACGAGCGCAUGGUGGGCGCGGGCGUGCGCCCCAACGCGUUCACGUUCCGCACGCUCAUCUGGGGCUUCUGUGAGGCGCGCCUGCCCCACCGCGCGGAGGCCGUGCUGCGGCUGAUGGAGGCGGAGGGGGGGCCGCUGGACGCGCGGUGCUACGAGCAGACGAGCCUGGCGUGGCAGUCCGUGGGGCUGUGGCGCGACGCCCAGCGCAUCGCCGCGGAGAAGCGCGACAAGUGUGGCGCGCAGGGCGGGGGGGCGCGGAAGCUGAGCAAGCGCGAGGAGAGGGGCAGGCGGGUGCGGGCGGAAGGGGGUGGGACAGGGGGAGAUAGGAUCAGAGGGGCGGGGGGCGGGAGCAGGGCGGGCUUGGGAGAUGGCAGUGUUGGGCAGACUGGCAAUGGGGCGAGUCAUGGCAGCAGCAGCAGUGAGAGCAUGAGAGGCAGUGAUGAGAGUGAUGGUGAGAGCAGCAGCGGUGGUGGUGAGAGGUUUGGCGUGGAGAGCAACAGCAGGGUUGAAGGUGCAGGGCAGGAGGGCGAGGGCAGCAGCAGUGCAGCAGCACAGCAGGCAGAAGCCGAGGGGAAGGCGGCAGUUAGGGUUGGAGGGGGCGAUAGGGGUGGCAGCGUCAGAUCAGGCAUGGUGAAUGGCAGGGAGUCUAGGGGGCCGAGCGGCAGUGCGAGGGGCAGCGGAAGAGGCAGUAAGACUCGCAUAUGGCAAAGACCACAGUCCCUCCCUGUGCCACAAGGGGAGGUGGCAACUGGUGCAGGAGCCACCCAGUCAGAGGCCCAGAGGUCCCCGUCAGCCGCCCUGCUGCCCUGCGCCGCUGCUGCUCUCCACCUGCGCUCCCCCCUCCCCCUGCCACGCCCACACCGCCAGGCGUGGCAGCACUGCCAUUCGCCCCACGCCCCCCUCUCCGCUCUCACCUGGGCUGCAGCUGUCGCACCACACCGCGCUCCUCUUCUUGCCCUCCCCUUCUCCCUCGCUACGCUUCUCUCGCGCCCCUCUCCCACCUCUGCCCGCUGCAAGCACACCUGCCAUGCUGUCACGGCGCCCACACCCGCCCCGGCUGCUCGCACUGCCCUCCCGGGCCUCACAAGCACGCCCCUCGCCUCGCACUCCCAGCCUCGCAUGGACCGGCAGCACGGGAGCGGGCGAGACGGGCACAGCAGCUGCAUCGCGCAUGGGAUUGCUAUCCCGGCACGUGCCAGGCUUCCCACUCUCUCCCUACACCGCUCCUCUUCGUCUCUCUCACCCUCCGCGCCCAUGUCGGCCUCCGCCCGCCUGCGCGCAUGUGCAGUCGGCGGGCGCGAGGCUCUAUGGGAUGCUGGCGCGGGCGCGCGGAACAGCACCCAGGAGUCCGCCAUUCGGCGCUUGAAAUGGCCACCCGCAGAUGAUGGCGGGCUGCGCGGAAAGCUGAGUGCUGCGCCUAUGCCCCGCCGCUCACUGCUCUCCCCCAAGCGCCAAACGCUGCGCCCCGGAAUGCCGCUCAGCGGACCUCCGCCGAUCGCUCUCCGCGGCACCAGUAGUCAACGCCAAGGGCGCGCGGCCCCCGUGGUGGCUCUAGCAGGCAGCAAGUGGCGGCGCAGCGACCAGCCCCCCGUGCGGCUUCCGCCCGUGCUGAGCCCGUCCGCGUCCGCGCUGCUGCGCCAGCUGCGCCAGCAGAAGCUGCGCCGACAAAGAUGGGCGGCGCUGGAGGCGGCUAGCGCGGGAGGAGGGGGAGGCGGAGGGCGGAAGGGCGCGGAGGAGGAUGUGGCGGCGGUGCUGCGCGAGCUGAGGCGCAGGGAGGAGUGGCACGUGGUGGCGCAUGUGUACGAGUGGGUGGUGGCGCGAGAGGGGUGGCGCGCGGAUGUGUCGGGGUACAAUCUGCUCAUGGACGCCUACGCGCGCUCAGGCGCCGCCCCCACCGCUCUGCGCGUCUUCCGCCUCAUGCAGCAGGGGCGCGUGCGCUUCUCCCUCCCACAGACGCGCGGACGGGAGAGGGCAGCGGGGGGAAGAGAGAGAGAUGCAGGGGAGGAAGGAGAGGGAGCAAGGGGAAGAGAGGGUAGAGGGCCGCGGGGAAAGGGGAGGGAGGAGGAGGAGGGGGACGGGGAGGAAUGGGAAGUAGAGGAGGGGGAAAGGGGGGAAGUGGGGGAGGAGGAGGUGGAGAUGUGGGUGGAGGAGGGAGUGGGCGUGUGUGUGCCCAGCGAGGCCUCAUUCAACGUCGUGCUGGGCGGGCUGUGUCGUCAGGGCCUGCUGCCGCCCGCUGAAGAGCUCUUCCAGGAGAUGCUUCGCCGCGGCUACCGCCCCAGUGAGUGCUGCCGCCCCAGUGAGUGCUGCCGCCCCAGUGAGUGCUGCCGCCCCAGUCUGGUGACGUACAACACGAUGGUGGAGGUGAGGGGGAGGGCGGGGGACGUGGAGGGCGCGGAGGGGCUCAUGCGCGCCAUGCGGGGGGAGGGCGUGCGCCCCACCGCCGCCUCCUACGCGCUGCUCAUGCACGCCUAUGGCAAGGCGGGCCUGCCCCAGCGCGCAGAGGAGGUGUUUGCAGGGCUGCACGGGGCGGCCGUGCUGCCCACGGUGCCGUGCUUCACGGCGCUGAUAGCGGCGCAUGCACGCGUGGGGCAGUGGCGGGAGGCACAGCGCGCGUACGACAGCAUCGCCCUCAUGGGGCUGCGCCCUGACCUGCAUGCCACCACUGCUCUCCUGCACGCCCUCUCCACGGCGGGCGAGGUGGAGCGGGCGCGGGGAGUGCUGGAGGCGAUGCAGCGCACCAUUGGUGCCGCCCCUCCGCCCUCCUGUGUCACCCCGCUGCUGGCCGCCCUGGCACGGCAGGGACUGUGGACAGAGGCGGAGGAGGUGUAUGCAUCGCUAGCAGCGGCAGGCACACCCCCCCCGGUGCGGUGGCAGCACGAGCUGCUGCGCGCGUACGAGCGCGCAGGGCUGCCGGAGAAAGUGCAGGCACACCUGGCGCUGCUGCGCGGGUGGGGGGAAGGGGAGAGGGGGCGCACGCAGGAGGGGGAGGGGAGGGACGAUGCGGGGGAAGAGAGGAGACGUGGGAGAGGGAGUGGGAGGGGUGGUGGAGGGAGGGCAUGGGGGCGGGUGGACAGGACAAUGCUCAACUGCCUGGCGGGGGCGCAUGGGCACGCGGGGGACAGGGCAGCCAUGCAGCGAGUGCUGGAGCGCAUGCACGGGGUGGAGGGGGCGGCAUGGCAUGUGAGCUCGUACAACACCGUGCUCGCCGUGCUCGUGCGUGCUGCUGACAUGGCGGGCGCCGAGAGGCUCAUGGAUGACAUGCGGGCGGGCGGCGUGCCCCCUGAUGCUGCCACGUGGACCACACUCAUGGGCGGGUACGCGGAGAAGAAGCUUCUGAGAAAGUGCAUGAGUGUGUUUAGGAAGAUGGUGGCAGCGGGGGUGCGUUGGGAUGCGGGGGCGGUGCGAGUGAUGCUGGCGGCGUGUCGCAGUGGCGAGCAGCAGGAGGAGGUGAGGCAGCUCGUGGAGAGUGUGGUUAGGAAGAGGACCAAGCGCUCCCUGCCCUCCCCCCCCUUCUCCUGUCCUACCCCUCGUCGUCCGCCCUUCCCAAUUCGUCUGCUCGCGCCACGCGCGUCCCGCGCAUUCCCUCGCCCGCCCGCUGCUCUUCCCGCUGAUUCCGUCCCUUCCACCGCCGCUCCGCCCUCGACACCGCAAGGCCCGCGCGAAUGGCGGAAGCUGUGGGCGCAACUGGCGCGGAAGUGGGCCAUGCGGGGGCGGCGGUGGCGGUGGGGCGUGCUGGACGGGUACCUCGCGCGCAGCAUGGCGCGCCCCUUCGCGGUGGCGGCGGGCGUGGCGGCGAGCGUGGGCGUGGCGCUGGGGUCGCUGGCGGAGGUGGCGCGCGUGGCGGCCAACACGGGCGCGCCGCUCCGCCUGGCGCUGCUGGUCGCGCUGCACCACCUCCCGCGCUUCCUCGCGCUCGCGCUCCCCCCCGCCUGCCUCGCCGCCUCCCUCUUCGCCUUCUCCCACUUCCUGUGCCCCCAGGCGCAGAGCGAGCUGGCGGGCAUGGCGGCGGGGGGAGUGGCGUGGGGCAGGCUGCUGCGCGCGCCAGUGUGUGUGGGCGUGGGGGCAGGCGUGCUCAUGCUCGCAUACCAUGAACACGUGGUGCCAUGGGCCAUGGGCAGGGCGCAGCGCAUGGUGGAGGCGGCAGUGACAUCGGACAUGGCAUCGCUGCCAUCCCAGCAGCAUGUCUUGCUGCGCGAAUAUGUGCCAUGCAUGCCAUGUAAGGUGGCGCAGCACCACCAUGACCCCCUCGCACUCCUCCUCGCCCAUCUUCACCCCCCCUCACCACACACCACCAUCGCCUCUCCUCUCGCUGGCAGUGCAGGGGGGGCAGCGGCGGCAGCAGGCAAGGGGGGCGAGGGAGGGGGAGGGGGGGCGGGGCUGUGGCGGGUGUGGUAUGCGGGGGAGGUGGGGGGCGGUGCCAUGCGGCGUGUCAUGCUGCUGCACCUCGCCCCUCAGGGGCACGUGCAGGCCGUGAGUCCUCCUUCCCUCUUCCCCGGCUUGUCUCUCUGUCUCUCCGCCUCCCUCACCGGCCUCCUUCUCUCUGCUGCAGCUGGAGUCACUAGACGUGCCACUCGCCUCUGCGCUGCCCUCCUCCUCGCCCCUCGCCGCCCACGCCGCCCUGCCGCCCGCCUGUCUCCCCCGCAGCCUCCUCACAGCGCGCACCAGGCACCUGCGUGCGCAGCUCGCAUGGCUGCAGCGCCAGGCACCCCGCAAGGGGCCAAGGUGGUGGGGAAGGGACGAGCGGGCGGUGAGGGAGCAGCGCAGGCGGGUGGGGGAGCAGAGGAGGCGGGUGGCGGAGCAGAGGAGGAGGGUGGCGGAGGCGGAGAGUGA